UAGGAGGCUUGACUAACAACGUAUUUGUCUGGACGCCAACAUUUAUGGCGUAAACUGUAAAAUAUAGAUAAAACGAUGGUUUAAAGGACACGAAUUGUUGCUGUUGGAGGAUUCGGCGUUUGAUGGUAGAUUAUCAAUGAUCAACAGUCUCGUCUCUAUUGGCCAGUCCAGUGCGUAUCUAUGAACUCCAUACCGCCCUCCACUUCUGCCGUCAGUAGCCCUGUCAGCUCCGUAGAUUCGCCACUGUCAGCCGUCAGCUCAUCCGUUGGCUCUCCUGGCAUUCCCGGCACACCAUCUGUUGGCUAUGGACCCAUCAGCAACUCUCAAAUAAACUCCUCAAUGUCUGUGUCUGGGUUACAUGCUGUCAGCAGCUCUGAUGAUGUGAAACCCGCUUUUGGCUUGAAGAGUGUCAGUGGCUCUGGGCCAAUGCUAUCCCUGAAACGCAUGUGUGCCAUUUGUGGGGACCGUUCGUCGGGGAAGCAUUAUGGCGUGCACAGCUGUGAAGGCUGUAAGGGUUUCUUCAAGCGCACAAUCAGGAAGGACCUGAGCUAUACCUGCAGGGACAACAAGGAGUGUCUGGUCGAUAAACGUCAGCGCAAUCGCUGCCAGUACUGCCGCUAUCAGAAGUGCCUGGCCAUGGGAAUGAAAAGAGAGGCUGUUCAGGAAGAGCGUCAGAAGAAUAAGGAACGGGAUGGAGACUAUGAAUGCAGCAGUUCAGCCAAUGAGGAGAUGCCUGUGGAAAAGAUCCUGGAGGCCGAGACAGCUGUAGAGCACAGAUCAGACUUGCACUCUGAUGCCACUGGUUCACCCAAUGAUCCAGUCACUAACAUCUGUCAGGCUGCAGACAAACAGCUGUUCACUCUGGUGGAGUGGGCCAAGAGAAUCCCUCACUUCUCUGAGCUGCCCCUGGAUGACCAAGUCAUUCUGCUCAGGGCUGGAUGGAAUGAGCUCUUAAUCGCUGACUUCUCUCAUCGCUCCAUCAGCGUGAAUGAUGAGAUUCUGUUGGCCACAGGUCUACAUGUGCCCAGAGAGAGCACUCACAACUUGGGCGUGGAGGCCUUUUUUGACAGGGAAAGUGCACAGAGUGCAGAGGUGGGAGCCUUAUUUGACAGGGUGCUGACUGAGCUGGUCUGUAAGAUGCGUGAUAUGCAAAUGGACAAAACCGAACUUGGCUGUCUGCGUGCCAUAGUUCUGUUUAACCCAGAUGCCAAAGGUCUGACUAGCAGCAGUGAGGUGGAGCUUCUCAGAGAGAAAGUGUACGCGUCCCUGGAGGCCUAUUGCAAUCAGAAAUACCCAGAUCAGCAAGGGAGGUUUGCCAAGCUUCUCCUCCGACUUCCUGCAUUGCGUUCCAUUGGCCUUAAGUGUCUGGAGCACCUUUUCUUCUUUAAACUGAUUGGAGACACCCCCAUUGACACUUUCCUAAUGGAGAUGCUGGAGUCGCCCCACUAGCUGCGUCAGAGGAAGAUUGUGAAACAGGGUUUUUCUACCCUAGGUCCUGGAGAUAACUGUGACUGCACUUUUUCUU